AUGCAAUUUCGAACGUCAGCUGUCGGACUUGUUCAUUUCCAAUCCUUACAUUUGAAUAAACUGCACAUACAAUGGUCUGCAGCGCGAUGGGGACGAUUUUUGUUCAAUAACAGCGAAAUAUGUCUGACUCAAAAUGCCACAAGAAAGAUAUCGGAUACAACACCACGCGAAAUCUUCAGAAUACCAAAAACUAGUGCCACGCCAAAGGCAUCAGAGAGCUUUACGCCUACUUUGCCUGACACUAAAGCGAAUGAGAGUAGCAUUAAUAAAUUAGAAAAUCAGAGAAAGACCCUCAGAUCUUCAUGGGUAGAUACAUCUUCGAAAAUGAAUAGUCCAAGUAGCAAGACCAAUUCUAUUAAUUUAAAAGGCAUGAUAAACUCUUGGAUAAAUGUCAAUAAUACGCCACCGUCAGCCCGACCGGCAAAUUCAUCUCAAGCUGGCAAAACAUUUGCUUCACCUAAUUUAGAUUCUUGGUCUAGCUCCGACUCGGUUUUUGUUGCGGCGGACAAGCAGCGACAAACCGAAAAUCAAGCAAACUGGGAUAAAAUGCUACCAAUGUCUUCCUCAGAUCUUUCAAACUCACCAACUUCUGCGUUGCUGAAAUCGAUGGGCGAUGUAAUAAAGAUGAAAGCCGCUCGACAACCUAUUGACCUCUCACCCAGCUCGGGACGCUGUGUAAUUAUCACAGAAAAGACCGACGUUAUGACAGCUUUCAAGCAAAUGGAGGUCAGUUGUAACAAGAAUCGUAUUAGGCGAGAGGCAAAUGCUCAACGAUUUCAUGAAAGACCUGGUCUAAAAAGAAAGCGCCUCAAACAACAAAGGUGGAGGCAGAGGUUUUUGACUGGAUUCAAAGCGGUAGUGAAUAGGGUUCAAGAACUCAAGAGACAGGGUUGGUAG